GCCCGCCGGGGGGACCAAACUGGAAGGCGUCCAGCUGGCAGGCUGAGCAGUCAGCAGUAAGCCUCACAAAGCAGGACACAGUGAAGGACAGUUGGGAUAGCCAGUCAAGAUAUCCACCCCUGCUGGAUCAUGGGUAACCACAAUGGCAAAGACAGCCAUGUUCCCACAGGUUCUCCUUUAGAUUUCUUCCACACGCCUCCUACCACACCCUCACAGGCAGAGCUGACUGUCAUGGCCUUAUCCUCUGCAGCUUCCUCUGAUAAGGUACAAACUCCACCACCAGCCAACAGCGACACCCCCUCCACCACCUCUCCAGUCGCAGAGUGGACACAGAAACUGUCAGCUCCCUCAGAAUGGGCUGUAAUCAGCGUAGACACCGUCACCUCCUCAGAGACAAACAUGAGCAAUGCAGUUGCGAGAAGUGAGACAGCAGUGGGCAGUCCGGGCGCUCCAGCAUCGGUGCCUUUGUCCAGAGUGUCGCCUUCAGAGCCUUGCCGGCAUGAGAGAGAGAGCACGCUAGAGCCACAGGCUACAGCAGAGAGAGCCGGAGAGGAAAUGACCUUGGUUUUACUCAGUCUAAUGGAGCACUACAGGGCCUCACUGGGGCUAACACCCAACACUGAUAUUAUCACGGGAGCAGUAGAGCUGCUCAGGCACUUGAUUACAAAAAGAGAAGAGCUGGUUGAGGAGGUGGAGACCCUCAAGGAGACGCUCAGGACAGAGAGGUUGGAGUGGCAGCAGUUCCAGUGUGACCUGCAGGUCGCCGUGUCUGUGGCCGACCGGCUGCGGGCCGAGUCGGAGCAGGCUUUGGGUUUGCUCCAGGAGAGCCACAGGACUGUGAAGGAGCAGCUGGCACAGGCCCUCAGCAAACAGCAGGAGACCGACCAAGAGCUGGAGAGGCUAAGAGCUGAGCACAGAGACGUCUGCCACAAACUGGCUGACCUCAUGCAGCAGCAGCAGCAGGAUCAAGCUGAGCUGGAAGCUCUCAGGGUUCAAAUGAAUAAAGAGGCGGAUAAACAAGACUUUGACGAGGGGCAGCAGGAGGAAAUGCAGAAAGUGACAGAGGAGACUGAAGCAGAGGAAGAAGCUCAUGAAGCAAAUCGAGAGGCAGUAGCUGAUGAUCCUGAGGAGACAAAUGAAUCCGGAAACCUGCAGCUGAAAGGGAAAGGGGUGGCAGAAGGAUACAUUCGCAGUUUGGCUGCCCUAGAGAAGAGGAAAGAUGAGGAGUGUGGACAGAAAGAUCCAAGAAAGAUUGUAAUGCUCUCUGAGAGAUCCUGGAGUCUCUCUCGUCUACCACUUCCAACAGACUCUUCAAAUCAAAGUGGGGCUUCAAAAAACUUGAGCACAACAUUGCCGCUAUGCAAGAAAGAAGAGCCGACAAAAGGGAGAAGGAUGGACCGAAUUUUACAGAGGCAGGACAGUUGGUCAAGCUUUUAUACAGGAAAACAGGAUGAUGAUCAAAGCUCAGAUUCCUUCAAACCUCAGGAUGGUUUCAGUGCUCUGCUGAGGCGUCAUGGCGGCUCCAGAAGAAACUCCCUUCUGCGCUGGUGCCAAACUCGUACUCAAGGUUAUAAGAAUAUUGAAAUCACCAACUUCAGCAGCAGCUGGGAAGAUGGUUUGGCAUUCUGUGCUGUUUAUCACACCUAUUUACCAACUCACAUCCUCUAUGACAGCCUGAACCCAGCUGAUAAGAAGGCAAACCUGGAGCUUGCUUUUACGACGGGAGAAAGUGUUGGGAUCUCGGCCACACUGACUGUGGAGGAGAUGCUGAAGGCAGAGGGACCAGACUGGCAGAGGGUGCUGGGAUAUGUCGAAAGCAUUUUCCGCCACUUUGAAAUGUGAAGAGCUCAGCUCACUAAACUAACAAACAUGAUGGCAAUACUGG